AUGGCUGGCAAAAGGAAGAGGAAAAACGCCGAUCGGCGGCCGGGAAUCCACCCGCGAAACAAAUACGCAGACAACACGCCAGAUUUCGGUUUGUUGGCGUCAUCUUACCCGAGCUUCGAGCAGUAUGUCUUCUACUCACACGACGGUCGGCCCAAAAUUGAUUGGACGGACUUCAAUGCUACUCGCGAGCUGACGCGGGUCUUGCUGCUCCACGAUCAUGGCAUCAACUGGUGGAUUCCCGAUGGGCAGCUGUGUCCUACGGUGCCCAAUAGAUCAAACUACAUUCAUUGGAUAGAAGAUCUUUUGGCUUCCGAUAUCAUCGGUGUCAGCAAAAGUGACGAUGAUGUCAUAAAAGGUUUCGAUAUCGGGACUGGAGCAAACUGCAUUUAUCCGCUUCUUGGGGCUUCUGUUCUUGGCUGGAAAUUUGUUGGUUCUGAUAUUACUGAUGUAGCUGUUGAGUGGGCUAAUCGAAAUGUCGAAAGCAAUCCUAACAUAUCCGAUUUGAUCGAAAUUAGAAGAGUUGGCACUGAGGACAUAACUUCUCAAGUGGAAGAACUGCAAACCGGUGGAAGUGCGGGCUUGAGGAGGAGUUAUAAUGGGCCACCUGUGCUUCUAGGUGUUGUGAAAGAUGGCGAGAUUUUUGACUUCUGUAUGUGUAAUCCCCCGUUCUUCGAAACUAUGGAAGAGGCUGGUUUGAAUCCGAAGACUUCUUGUGGAGGGACGCUAGAGGAGAUGGUUUGUUUUGGUGGAGAACUUGCUUUUAUCACUCGCAUAAUUGAAGAUAGCGUUAAGCUAAAGCACACAUUUAGGUGGUAUACUUCCAUGGUUGGUAGAAAAUACAACCUAAGUAUUCUAGUGUCCGAACUCUGGAAUGUGGGAGCCACGGUUGUGAAGACUACCGAAUUUGUCCAAGGUCGGACAUCGAGAUGGGGGCUUGCAUGGUCGUUUUUAUCCAUUGCAAGGAAGAUUACACUUGCACCAUCCAACAAUAAGAUUGAUAGGAAUAAUCUUUCUUUCAUGCUGGAGGGGCUUCAACGACAUCAAAGCGCCUUUCACGUGUUGCAAUCAGUCGAAUCCCACUUCGCCAGUGGUGGUAUCCUCUGUAAAUUGGAUGCUGCUUCUUUCAAUGUUGAUGUCUUUCAGCAAAAUCCCGGGGCACUAUUGGUGAGAGGAACAUUGCACGAGAAAACAAGCUCCGUCCCAGGGUUAUUUCCGUCAAUUUUCCAGCAUCUCGAGGAAUUUCUGACCCGUACAUUCCGUACUGGGAAAUUAUCGGCCAAUUUGUCCCGGUAA